AUGCUCGCAGGGUUUGGGUUUUAUGUUUUCCACAGCAGAAUAUUUCUUCAACGAAUAUAUCAUAAAAAAAUCUAUGACACCAACAGGAACUGUGAAGUGACUACUGAUGUGAGACAUGAUGGGUCUGAACCACUUGUAGAUGUUAUGUUUGCUGAUGGAGAGCGACUGAUAAUGAAAGGAGCCAACCUGACAGCAGUAGAAAUGUUAACAGCGUUGAGCUCCAGAUGUAAUGCAAAAGAGCUUAAAGCAGAACAGAAAAGCAAGAAGAAGAGUCCCUGAAGAACUAAACAAAUGUGUUCACGUUUACGUGUUUCAAAAGCGACAGGCUGCGUAAAGGCUUUUCUCGUGUGCAACAAAAUCUGAAAGGGAAGGAUGGCCAAGUGCUGACCAGUUUAACAUGCAGCAGAAUGAACCCUUUAAAUAUUCCUGUCUCUUCCCCUCAAGGAAAAUGCACUGGAGCAACAUAUCUUUCAGCACUAGCAGGUCGAAAUGGCUUAUGCCAUUUUGUGCGUCUUUCUAACCGGCUGUCUUGUGGUCACCCGUGUGUUGGACUAAAAUCACAUCUAUUUGCAUAUGAAUAAUGGACAUUUGUUAUUAAAUUAAUAAAUGUUAAAAAUCAAGACAGAUCUCUUUAAACAUUGUUUCUAACACGUUCUGUUGUUCUGUACAGUGGAAUGUAAAAUACUAUUAGAAUGGUAAUAAUUUUGAAAAUUAUUAAAUGCAAAUAUCUGAGAAAAAUUUUUGAAAUAUUCAUCAUUGACUUUAGUUGAGGAGCGGCAAGCUGCAAAUAUAGUAGAUUUUAUAAUACUCUGCUUGUCUCCUGCUAUGUACCUGCCUUUUCUUCCUCUCUUUUUCUUGUAAGUGAGAUUUGAUGAAUGUGAACUUAGCUCAGCAAUUAAAGUGACAAGGUAACGGGACUAUGAACACAUAGUAAAGCUACUCAUCCUGCAAAGAAGUAGCAAAAUUUAGCUAAAAGGGAAAGGCAAGUUAGUGUUUUUGACAGUUAGAGGAAAGGGCUGUCUUUGAAGUUCAGUUUUGUAAUGUUUUUGUCACUCGGUUUUGAGGAAUUUCAUUAAACAUGCUGUAAAGAUCAAAGGAAGAACAUGACUGUGUUUAUAGCUUUAUAUACAAGCCUAUUAUUUAUCAAAGUAAGUGUUUAGGAAUCUCAUCUGUAUUGUAGAGUGCUGUGGAUGUGGGAGGGCUGAUUUUUCUUCAGCUGUGCAGGUGAAGGUGUCAACUGCUCGUGUGUUUCAUACGCAUCAAUUUUAUUCUAGUUUAGUUAUUAAUGAAAAAGUAAUUAAAGUUCUAGUUUCUAGGUCAAAAAGUGUAGUCCUGAGUUGAGAGGUACUGGUCCUAUUUAUUGUUAAUCAGAUGCCUGACUUUUACAAAAAUGUAAUACAUGUAUUUUCAAAGGUAAUUUUGCUGCAGAUUUAGGACACAAAUCUUAUAUCUAAAACUAGAUUUGCUUUAUUUUUGGUGAGGUUUGUAAAUGGCUGCUGUCCUUUAUUAAAUUAACAUCAUAUUGUGUAGCAACACUAUCAAGGCAGAUUUUUGCUGACUUCUUAACCAGGACGCUGAAGUCAAGAUGAUAUCUUCAUGUUGCGGAAGCAGAUCUGUGCUAAAGAUUUUGUGGUAUUCUGUGAUAACCUCUUUUCUUCAGUGUGUUUGGAAGAAAUAGAUGAGAAGAAGAGGAUGAGAUAAGAUAAUUGGGGCAGAUGUGUCAAUGAAAUUUGAACACGAGAGCAAUAUGUUUGAAUUAUUUAAUCUGGGAUGGAUACCAAUUCUGCAGUCAGUUAUUACCCUUAUUAUUAAGCCGCCAGCUUUACGAAGUGGUCUCAGAAUCCUAACUCCUGAACCUGCUGCUGGGCUGUGUUCUGGUGGAAGGAAUUCUGAGAACAUCUGAAAUUUUUUGAAAGAAUUUCUAAUCCUGUGAAGCUAAAAGAGCAUCUUAGAAAGUGGAACAAAUAGAAGAAAGGCUCUUCAAAGGAGAUUUCUGGUUCUUUUUUUUUUUUUUUUUCCAAUUUAAAAGAAUAUCACAUAGCGUGACUUUGAAGAGUCCUUACCGAAGAAGCCUUGCACAGAAGGUGAGGAUAGAUCAAGUGGAAAAGCACUGCAGAAUUGCUAAUUCAUUCCCCAGUUGAUCGCAUAUUUGUAUGCUCAAAAGCCUUCUUACAGUAAUGUAUCAGAGGUAUGAGAUAACCUUCUUAUUUUUUGUAUUUUUUUUCUUUAACAGUUUAUACAGCAAUAGUGCUAGGCAACUUUUGCAAAAGUUGUAUUUAAGUAUGAAGCAUUUCAAUACAUCUUAAAACCAAUAAUUAGCCAUUUGCGGGCACUUAAAGAAUAAAACGAGGGUUAAGUAAUAUCAGAUUUCUAGAGUGAUUAUAAAAGGACCAGUUUUUAGUAAGAUUACUCUUAGUCUUUGUGUCAGCGCAAGGUUGAGGUUCAUGUUUAUGAAGAGAAAAGGGUGAAAAAUGAAGUUCCCAGUUCAGGUUUUUCUAGCCAAAAUAAAACUUCUCCGCUGUUGAAGAAAGGUGAUUUUUCUUUUAGUCUAAAGAACAGGCAUCUGGCUCUCUAUGGACAUGCUCUUACUAGGCAUUUGCAUUUUAACCCAGAGAUGCCAAACCUUUUUGCUUAGAUUAGACAAAGGACGUAUAGUAUAGUCACUGAGAGAUAACUGACGAUUCAGUGAGCAAGGGGUCAGCUGAUGCUCCCUGUGCUUUGUGUGCUGCUGUGAGCUGCAAUUUGCAAUGGAAAAACUCCCAUAUAUUUUGUGCAUGAAAAAGUAGUAAUGACUAGCAUUCAAAUAUGUAAUAAAGAAAAUCAUAUAGAAUAGAAAAAAAAAAGCUAAAGUGCAUUCUCAACACUGACUAGAUUCUGAAGUGAUAUGAAUAAGUGAUAUAGGCAAGGAGAUAUUCCUCUCAUUAUUGUUCUCUGCCUGAGAAAAUUGUUAUGUUCAUGUGUAGAACUUUAUUUCCUGUACUGUGUAGGUAAAAAUAGAUCUGUAUUUUUCAAGUAUGUCAAAGAUAAUCUUGAAUGAACUUAAUCUGUAAGUACUUAAAGAACUUUUUAAUCUGAGCUGUUCAUAGAUCAGCCUCAGUUGCUGCUCCUGAGUGAUUGAAUGAAACAAAGCAGAGUGACCUGCUGUUCGGACAUUUUAUUGACAUGCGCAGUCUAGGCUGUGUGGAUAUACAGGGUAUUAAGGUCAUUUGUACAGCACAAAGCCAUGCUGGAUGCGCAUUGACUUUGCCCAUUGUUAUUCUCUAACCCACAAAUCUUGAUUUCUCCACCAAAAACAUGGGCUCUUGCCUAACUAUAAGACGAACUGGAGCAAGCCCCCCAAAAUACUGGGAUUAACUAAAUACAAAUACCACACCAUGUAGGACAAGUAGGAUUUCUGAUAGCAGAUGAUGAUAUUAACAUAUCUAGACCUUUAAUACCGGGUCAUUCUAUCAUCUUAGACCUGUUUAUCAUACGAACAGCUAGUUAUGUAGAUGUUCUUGUCAACAUGUAGGGAAGAUAGUCCUAAAGGAGAUGAAAGUGCUAUGCAGAUAACAAUAGAUGGCCGGGGAACUCCCUUUUUAAAAUGCCUGCAAUGUUAUUUUUAGAAAAAGAUAAUAUCUUUAACAGAGAUUUAAGUAGGAACAGUAAUGUUAUUGAAUGUUUCUACAGGGAGUUUUACCUGCUAGCUGGUUCGUACAUUCCAGUGCAAAUGCUGUUCCUCAUCGUUUGCAGAGAUCUCAAUUUGGGCAAGUCCAUGCUAUGUAUUGCAGGAAAAACUGGAUGCAAUGCAGUAUGCUACGCACACCCAACCUGAGGAGUGGAAGAUGCUUUAAUUCUUUAAAUUCUUUCAAAAAUGAUGCAAUCUAAUAGAUAACUAUGAUUUGUCAACACGCAAAAGGCAUCACCUACUCGUUUCAGAAAACUGCCCGCAAGUAUUUGCACUGCUGGAUAUGCAAAAUUGCUCUAAUUUUGGUUGUCUUUUCCUAAUUCCUCAGCUACACUGUAGGAAUUUUCAAUGAUUGAGAAGUUAAUAUGAUGUAAUGAAGCACGUGAACCCUCCGCAUACACACACCCCCAGUAUAGGUUGAGCACGACUGUCUUCCUGCCCACUUCAUCCAACAAAAUGUGCAGCCACUUUCUCUGAAUGCAAGGCCUUUGCUUCUCCGCUGGAUGGUUUGGAGCUACCUUUGACUGACAGCUCACUUAUCAGCCAUUCCUCUCUGAACUGCACCUCCCCUCCCUUCCUCUUCUCACUUAAUAUCCUUUUUCCUUCCUGAUAAUAUUUGGUCUCAUCCACUCCUAUCUUUUCCCUCUGGAAGGCCUAGGUCACUCUUCUGAGCCUUUUCUGUGGUCUGCCAAGAACUUAGAGUAGCCAAGAGGCUUUGCUCCCAGCAGGCUGCUGCUGCUUCUGUCCUUCCACCCCAGCAUCGCUCUAUAUUUUGAGAAAUGUUGGGCCACAGCAGCACAAGCAAUUAGAGGUGUGACUGCUCUCUAAUCGUCUUUUAUUGAACAACAAAUCAUCUUUACAUUGAGUUGGUCUUCUCAAGAUUUUACAAAAUUAAAACUGUACCCAGGGAUGUGUAGAGGUGUGAGGAUGAAAGAAAUUCCAUGUGCUCAUCUGUUUUGAUUGCAUCUUUUAUUGUAAGUUUCAAACAUUGUACUUGAAAGCAAAUUAAUGUGAGCUUAGAGACUGUACUUGAUGUAAAGCAGACUCAUAUACUGGCAGUACUGCAAACAGAAGUUACUAGCACUAGCACCUAUCAAAGGUGAUAGCUGCAUUGUGCUUUACUGAAUGAGCCAGGUUUGACUUGCUAACGGGAGAAGAUUGUCUCUAUUAAGACAUAAUAGCUAGAAAAGUGAAGUAGCAGGCCUGUUUGUGAAGGGAGUGCUCAGUUAAAAUAGAAGCAAACCCUGGGAAAGACCAAGUCCUUCACAGUUUUUCGUAACCUGUAGACUAACAAUCUCUUCAGAAGGUUUGGAGGACAGGCAAGAGGCAGAGCAACGUGCUCUUUCUUUACCCGCUUACUGCUUUUUCUCUGUUUCUUUUGACCCCUUCACCCUUUUUCUUCAUGACUUUCAUUCCCCUAGUGCUCUUAUUUUUGUUGUAUUAGAUGUUCUGUAAAAAUCUUUGGGCCAGAAAUGUGGUAAUUAGUAUACAGAAAUGAAAUUCUUUGUUAAUAUUUAACUUUUGUUCCUUUAAAGUGUAUAGUGUCUUGGGUUUUUCUUUCUUUCAUGCUGAUGCCUGGAAUUUCUCUGGCUUCUCACUAAGGUAGGAGAUUAGAAAGUUUAAUAAGUACAUCAUGAAGCUAUUUUUAAAAUUCAUCUAGAUAAAACAGCUAGCAAAGAUUUAGCCAUUAUACAGAUGCAAAACUCACAGCUAAAUGACAAAUAUCCUAAGUAUAUAUUUUUUAGAAGUAGUCAUUCCUUUAAUACAAUUAAUUCCUUUAAUACAAUCAACUUAUUAGAUAGCUUAGUAACCUCAUGAAAUAAUUGAACUUGUCAUGAACAAUAAAAUCUUCCUGUUUUGUCCAAAGGAGGUCUUCAAAGUUUAUGGAUCUUUCAGCAUACCCUGAAGGAUACCAAAUUGAAGAUGUUCAGGUUGAAGGGGAAGCAAACUGCACGGACAAGAUUUCUUUUAUGUAAAUUCCUACAAGCAGCUUCAUACAGCAAAAUAAAUCAAAUCCAAUGCCUUAAGUUUCAGCAAGCUGGCAAACAAUGCAACCUCUCUAUUUUCUGAGUGAAAUCUUGACUGCAUGAUGAAUGACAUGGCUAUGGUAUUGCUUUCUUUAUUGUACAUAGGAUUUUUUAUGAAUAAAAAUGACAGAGAGGAAGAAAGAGUAUCUUGCCAUUUCACCACUGUGGGAGAGCCGCAGAAAACGGAAAGCUAACUAAAGGUGUGGACAUAGCGUAUGGUUCUCGUACUGAAUGUGACAGCCUUGCAGAUCGUAGAAGGAAGUUUGGGUAAGAGUGGUCAUUGUAGAACUUCAUGGGAUUCCCUUUCCCUUUGGAAGGAAGAGAUCAGGUAGCAGGACAGGGUAUUGGCUGCACUUCUAUUUCUUCUGUUUCAGUAAUGAAUAGUUUUGCAUUGUACAUGCAACACAGUUACUCAGUUACUCCUUUUUGUGGGUGCUCGUCAUGAUGCUGUGCUUAGGUACCAAAACAGUUCUAACACAGGUCCCUCUUUUUUCUUACACAUGUCUUAAUCUGGGUAGGUUGUAAAGUAUUUUUGAUGUGAGCUCUCUGCUUUAUCCUCACAGAAGUAGGAACUGCAUAGCCUAUUUGUAAUGCAGAAAAAUUGUUUUGUCUAGGUUGUGUUUUUCCCCAAAGUUCUCUCUAAGUGAUCACUGAAGCUGUAAGAUGUAUUAUUAAUUCUUUCCCUCCACUAAUUGGCAUCGGAGUCCAAGAUGAAGUAAAGAAACAGUGGAGAGUCAAAGACUGUCUCUUACUGUAAAAACAGAGUCGCCAGCUUACAGAAGGGCAAACAGCAAAUUUGUCAUCUCAAACACAGUUCAUGCACAGACUUCCUAAACUGUCUUUUCAUUAUCAGUUAAUGUGAAUGGUUCAAAGCACUGUCAUGAAUAAAAGAAAUAAUUAUUAUUUUCGUGA